AUGAAGAUUAAUACUUAUUUUAAUAAAAUCAAAAUAUUUUUUAAUAAAUAUUAUGGAAUCGCUAUUCUUGUGCUUUCUCAUACAUUGUUUUCAACAGUAAAUGCUAGUGUUAAAAUGCUAUAUCAAAAUUCUGUUCGAUCUUGGAAUUCUUUUCAAAUUAUUCUUAUUAGAAUGAUACCUACUUAUAUUUUGACAAUUAUAUAUUCUAGAUGCGUGGGAACGAUAGAAAAAAGUGCAACUAAUUUAAAUGUAAGAUUUUUUCUUUUUCUUCGUGGAUUUUUUGGGUUUAUAGGGAUUUGUUGUACUUAUUAUUCAAUACACCAUUUAGAUCUUUCAGAUGCUACAGCUCUAUCAUUUUUAAAUCCUAUCUUUAUAAAUUUAUUAGGACAUCCUAUUUUAUAUAGAACUUUUAAUUUUUUUGAUAUUUAUGCAGCAUUAGUUUCUUUUGUUGGCGUAAUGUUUGUUGUAAAGCCAGGUUUUAUUCUAAAUAAUCGCUUUUUUCGAACAUUUCAUAAUAAUCAUUCUGCUUCUGAAAUAAUAUCUUCUGCAAAUUCUAAAGAAAGAGCAUUCACUAUUAUGAUCUCACUAAUUGGGGUUUUAGCGAUAUGCUUUUCUUAUAUAAUUAUUAAAAGUUUGGGCGAUAGUAUAAAUUCGUUGCAACCCAUUUUAUGGUUCUCAUUAAUAUCGUCUAUUGGUUCUAUAUUAUUUCUUAUUUCCUUUAAUAUUCCUUUUCAUUUACCUUUAAAUUUCCUUGAGCUGUUUUUGUUUUUUGUUAUUGGUAUUUCUGGUUUUUUUGCUCAGCUUUUUCUUACAAGGGGAUUACAAAUAGAAAAAAUUGGACGUGCAUCCUCUGUUAUAUAUUUACAGAUCAUAUUUUCUCUUUUUUAUGAUAAAGUUUUAUGGGGGAAAUUUCCUGACAUAUGGAGUUUCUGUGGAAUUGUUUUAAUUCUUAUUGGGACAGCAAUGACUAUAAUUGAUUGCAGUAAAGAAAAUAAAAGUCCAGAUCAUAAACCACGAUAUAUUUAUCUUCAUCAAUUAAAAUCCGAUGAAUUGCUUGAAGAAAAUAUAUAA